CGACAGUCGGCGCUCCACGUUGGACGCAUGUACGCGCGUGUACGAUACGGAAAGUGCAUCGCGGUGCAAUCUUAAUCGUUUUUAGUGUCAAGUCUCUCGGCGACACCGUUUUAUGGCAUCUGCCCAGCAGUAAUAAUAAUAAUAAUUAUUUAAUCGUAUCGACCGAGACUACGAAUGCUGAGCAGUGCACGCUUUAGACCGUAGCGCAUAUAAUAACAACUGCACGGGAACGUUUAUUGUACCUACCGAUUACCGACACGGUUGUAAUGUUGUAUAUAGUGCCGGUUCUGACUUGUAGUAGUGGUGGUAAUGGUGACGGUUGUUGGUGCAGGUGGUAGUGACAGUGGUGGUGGAAUGGUGAGAAACCCGAUACCGAGAAGAUCUUUUAUAUUAUUAGGAGGUACCUGUUUCGAAUUGUAAAAGGAAUACGUCACGAUACACACUGGAGAGGAUAGUACAUUGGCGGGGAGGUGUUGUAUUCCUGCGGUGUACCUAUAAUACAGAUACAGUGACCGUGCGGAGCGAAGAUUAGUCAUCAAGGUCUUUGUGCGCGCGGGUUGGCUACGCACGUCGGCAAUACCGGUUUCUGCGCUCGCGAGGUGGCCUAGUGUGUUUGUGUGCGUUCGUCUAAACAUUAUUUUGUAUUAUGUGAACGUGUUCACGUUUACUAUAAUAAUAUCAUUGGUGUAUACACGACAAGUAGAAAUUCGCGUACACUUGCUACUGAGAUUGCAGAAGAAGGUGCGCAUACACACAUACAUGCGCCGUCCAUUUAGUUGUAUUUUAGUUCUCAGAGAGCCGCGUAUAGUCGACCCCCGCAUAUUUUAAUCCAGAAGAUCAUCGCCAUCCCGUUUUCUAAGCAAUAUAUAUGUUUAACUCCGCGAGUGUUUCGUACUUAAUGCGUUCGCCGACAAGUAUUGUAGCAUAGUGUUUAAUAUAAAUAUAUAAUAUAAGUAGCAGUGCGGGUGACAGCGAUGGAUACCGUGCGGGCCGGAAGUGCCCCGAAUUUAACCGCCUACAUUGAAAUGGACCGGUUCAACGGGAUAUCAAAAGCCGGUGAAAAACUCACUCAAAGUAUGUUAUGCAUUCAAGAAGAACUUGGGAAUCUAAAAGACAAAGAACCAGUUAAAGAUAAUGCUGUUGGGAUCAAUAAAUUGGAAUCUGAUGUUUUAAAACCUAGCGGCUGGUUUGAUGGAUUGUUAGGAUGCUUAAAACCAAUGUUGGGAAUCAUGGGAAAAGGAAAUAGUCAUGAUCUUAAAUCUUAUCAAGAUAACUGGGAUAUUCCAUUUGAAUCGAUUAGUGAUUUGCAAUGGUUAGGUUCAGGAGCCCAAGGUGCCGUAUUCAGUGGAAAAUUAAAAAAUGAAAUUGUAGCGGUGAAGAAGGUACGUGAACAAAAAGAAACAGACAUUAGACAUUUGAGAAAACUGAAUCAUCCUAACAUAGUACAAUUUAGGGGUGUAUGUACUCAAGCUCCUUGUUACUGCAUCGUAAUGGAAUAUUGUCCAUAUGGACCACUUUAUAAUUUGCUUAGAGAUGGUGAAGAAAUACCACCCAUACGAUUAGUAUCCUGGGCCAAACAAAUUGCAUCUGGUAUGCAUUAUCUACAUGUGAACAAAAUAAUUCAUAGAGAUCUUAAAAGUCCCAAUGUCUUGAUUGGUCGUCAAGAAAUGGUGAAAAUCAGUGAUUUUGGUACUAGCCGAGAGUGGAAUGAGAUAAGCACUAAAAUGAGUUUUGCUGGUACUGUAGCCUGGAUGGCUCCUGAAAUCAUAAGAAAUGAACCCUGUUCAGAAAAAGUUGAUAUUUGGUCAUUUGGUGUUGUUUUAUGGGAACUUAUGACUUGUGAAACACCGUAUAAAGAUGUGGAUUCAUCAGCCAUUAUAUGGGGUGUAGGUAGUAAUUCUUUACACUUACCAAUACCUUCAUCAUGUCCAGAUGGUUUUAGAUUGUUAAUUAAACAAUGUUGGGCAGCUAAACCACGUAAUAGACCAUCUUUUAAACACAUAAUGAUGCAUCUAGACAUUGCCAGUUCUCAAGUGCUGGCGAGUACGCCAGAUGAAUACUUUAAAACUCAGGCCCAAUGGAAGAAGGAAAUACAAAUACACAUGUUACAAAUGCAGACUAAUGGAAGUCAUAUUCCCAAAUUUGAAGAGGAUCUUAUUAAAAAAAGAAAAAAUGAGUUAAAACAUGCACAAGAUAUUAGAGAACAUUAUGAGAGAAAAUUAGAACGUGCUAAUAAUCUUUACAUGGAAUUGAGUGCUGUGUUAUUACAAUUAGAACAACGAGAAAACGAUUUAAUUAGAAGAGAAAAACAAAUGUCUAAAGUGUAUAAAAAACGACUUAUAAGACCAUUAUUAAAAGCUCAAGAUAAAUUGAACAAACAGAAUAAAUCUGAUUCAACUACUACAUCACCAUCAUCACCAGAAAGACUUUGUCAAAAAUUUGACUCACAGUUAACCAAAGCUACACUUUAUGCUCAAGUUAGUAGCAAUUCAAAUAAACCGGAAUCAAUUGCUGUUACACCAAAACAAACUCAAAGAAAAACACGACCUAGGAAAGCUCAAAUUAUAUGCUCAAUUGUAAAAAAUAAAAAGUAUAAUACAUCAAAAGAAACCAACUGGAAAAACUGUCACCAAAUAAACAGCAAUAAAGUCAACAGUGAAACGCAGACAGAAACUAUUGAUUCAGGACUUCAUCAAGAUAUGCUCAAUGGUAACAUGUCUGAUUCCGCUCAUUCACAGGGUGAAGAUAGUUCAUGUAGCAGUGGAGUAAGACUGAGUGAUGAUGAACAUUUAGAUAGACUGGGCAGACAAGUAAAUGAAAUACUUAACAAUAAUAGACCUUCCAAUAUGACCGAUUUAUCAGAUUAUUAUCAGGAUACUGAAUCUAUUUCUAGUAACUUUAAUCUUAGGAGGAAAAGUGCUGGUCGGCGACCAAUUGGACCUGGUUUACGAGUACGUCGAUACAGAAUGACACAAUAUUGUCAAGAGCCAAAUGGAAAUUCUUUUUCAUUAAGUUCUUCAACAGAAAAACAUGAUUUCUUAGAGGCGGAAAGUUCAACAUCAGACUCUGACAUGAAAGACAUUGAUCUAGAUUCAAAUUUUUAUAAUGUAUCUAAUCAGUUUCCAGUUUAAUACCGUGUAUAAAACCAUAAGAUUGUACUAUGUCUACAAUUUUUGAUUUAAUUAUUUUAUUAUCAUUUAAUAUUACCAGUCCAAACAUUAUAUUUUUCUCAUAACAAUGUCAAAUUUAGUUUCAAUGCUAUCACAACUAAAGUUUCACAAUUUUUAACUAACUUGCAUAUCUUAAUCUAACAUUUUUGUUUUGUCAUACAACUGUUUUAUUAUU